AGUAUAAAUACAAAAUAGAAAAUUGUUUAAUUAUCAUACCUUUUUGUACUUCGUACUGAACUAGUUGUACAUUUUGAGAAUAUCUCAGUUAGCAAUAAUAUGAAGAAAGACAUUCCACAUGUUCUAAUAAUUGGUGCUGGAGUAUCUGGUCUGACAACAGCAUGGGUUCUCCUAGAUCGGGGUUAUAAAAUCACGGUCAUUGCAGCGAAAUAUGCUUCGAAAGACGAAAAAAUCACUUCACAAAUCGCUGGUGCGUUAUGGGAAUGGCCACCCCCUGUUUGUGGAAGAUAUUGGCAUUGGGAAGACAUAUGUUUGGACAAUUUGAAGCGACGGUGCUUGGUUUCUUUUCAUCGUUUCAACACAUUAGCUGAUAAUCCAGAGACAGGUGUACGAAUGUGUAAAUCGAAUUUAUUUUUUGGUCGACCUAUACAGUCCUGUCCUGCGCAGACUAGAAAAUUAGCUGAAAUUAAGGAAACCCUGCCAGGUUUCCGUCACGAUAUUAAAAUUGUUGAAGAGCUGGGUGCUAAUCCGGACUAUGGAAUAGUUGAUAGCUACUGCCAUUUGGCACCCAUAAUCGAUUCUGACCAAUACAUGGAUUGGCUCAUUAAUUACCUAAAAUCUCGUGACAAUAUAAAAUUUUUCACUCGCGAAAUUAAAGGUAACUUAUUGGCACAAGAAUGCGAAUUACUGACAUACUACGAAGCUGAUAUGAUUGUAAACUGUACUGGCAUAAAUGCUAAGGAACUAGUUGGCGACGACACUGUCUUUUCUUUACGUGGUGCAUAUUUUCGUAUGAUUAAUGACGGAUCAAAAUUCCGGAAAAUUAACGAGGCAAUGAUGGUCACGUUAGAUGGUGAAGAGUCUAACGACAUGAUUUUCAUAGUACCACGGAAUAAUAAUACAGUGAUCUUAGGCGCAAUAGGCGAAAGGGAAGUAUUAGAUCUGAAUAUAAAUUUGGAAAAUUAUCCACCCUUGAAAAAAAUGUUAGAACGAGAUUUGGCAUUUUAUCCUGACCUUAAGAAUGGAGAAUUUGAUCCUGACUAUCCGAUUGCUAUUGGAAUACGACCAUUUCGUAGGACGCAUGUACAACUUGGACGAGAGCGAAAGGAUUCAAGAAUUGUGCAUAACUACGGGCACGGUGAUAGCGGGUAUACAUUGAGCUUUGGGUGUGCAGAAGAUGUUGCAGAUAUUAUUGAUGAAAUGAGCAAGGAAAUUUUUAUUAAAAAAGAAAAUGUACCUACUAUCUCUAAAAAUAUGUGUAACGGGUCAUCCAUAAAUUACGUAACGCAAGAGGGAAAGGGGGUCUAGGGCUUGUGUGACAUUCUAUUCAUUUUUGUUAAAACCGCAUACAUUUUGCGUGACAUGGGGUUAGGUGAUAUUAAAAAUGGAGAUUUUAGCGUUACAUAAUUUAUGAACACCCGUUCCUGCAUACGUAGUCAAAAUAAAAAUUUCUUCUUUUAU